AUGGCACCUUCGCAGAAAAAUAUGCUGGCCUUACUAGGUCUUGUCGCCAGUGUUUAUGCCAUUCCGGCACCUCUGCCUCAGAGUGACCAGAUCGGCAUUGGCAAACCUAGCUACUCGAUCUCGUGGGACAUAUCACCAGAGCCAACUGCGAAUCCAGAAGACCCCAACGAGCCUGGCUAUCCUGCGCCGAUUCCGCAGCCAACUAACCAAAUUUCUCUUGGUACCCCUUCUGGUUGGAUUUCAUGGGCAACAGAAGCCCCUGAACCGACUAGUGGUCCCAAAGAUCCCGUCAUUCCGGGUCCCAAGCCGCCGCAGUCCAACGACAUUACCUUGAACCCACCUUCGUACUCAAUAUCGUGGGAGACUCCCAUUCCACAGCCUACUGAAGAUCCUGAUGAGGAGGACCCCGAAGAGACAGAGAAGCCAUGGCCAAAGCCAACCAAAAAGCCUGGUUGGGGCUGGCCGGGAAAGCCUCCAAAGCCCACUAAGACACGACAGAGCGUGACGUGGGCGACUAGACGUCCUUCAAAUACAGGCGGAGUAUCUUGGGGCUACAGGCGACAGGCCGAGCCAACCGAUGUUCCAGAGCCCGAAGACCCAGAGUUCCCCGAGGACCCAGAGUUUCCUGAGGAUCCUGAAUUUCCAGAAGAUCCUGAUUUCCCCGAACAGCCCGGUGUUCCUGGCUUCCCUGGCUUUCCUGGCUUCCCAGUUCCAACCCCACCAAAUUCUAUCGGUAUUCAGCCACCCAGGGUGAGCUUCUCUUGGGGUAAGAGGGACGAGCCCGAACCGACAGAGGGGCCUACUGAUAUCCCAGAACCUCCCAUUUUCACUCCACCUAGCGAGUUCACUUUGGCUCCCCCUCAACCCUCUAUCUCAUGGGCUAAAGAGAAGAGGAUUCCCCAGACCAACAGCUAUGGGUUCGAGUUCACUAGGCUGAUUCCCACUUACACUCUGGAUAAUCCCAAAGCCACCGCUUCCGUGAUCUGGGGCAAGCGUCAAGAAGAUGAAGAGCUACCUGGCGAUGGCGACGAUGAUUUCCCCCUUCCGCCGAUCUUUCCUACACCUACAAAUGAGAUCUCACAAGGAAAGCCCAGCGCCACGAUCAUCUGGGGAAAGAGAGAUGCAAAGGCAGAGCCUCAAACCAACACUAUCGGCCUGGGAUUCCCCGGCAAGCCUUCCUUCACAUUCGAGCGUCCGAAGCCCCCGCGCAAGACCGAGACGCCGUAUAUCUCCUGGGGAAAAAGGGAGGCUGCCCCGCAGACAAACGUAAUUGGAAUCAACCCACCUGUACCCACCAUCAUUUGGAGCAAGGAGAAACGAGAGGCAGAUGCUGAAGCUGAAGCAGCACCGCAACAAAGCAAUGACAUUGGAAUCAUAAAGCCCUCCAGCGGGAUAAUAUGGGGCAAAGAGCGACGUGACGCGGAACCUGAAGCACAAGCACCAUCUUUCAGUCUGAUUUGGCCGACUAACCUGCCAAAACCUACUUGGGACCCGGCAUACCCUCCCUGGGUUCCCAAGCCCAGCCAGCCCUCCGUCAGCUGGGGAAAGAGAGACGCCGCCCCAGAGCCCACAGCAGCAGCCCUCCUCGCCGACCGUGAACUCUCCCCCAACCCCUGCACCGCAACGACAACAGUCGUGAAGGACAGGACGUGCCCCCAGAUCCGCUGCACGAAGGACUGUCCCGCCGUAUUCCCCGCAAAGGGGGACUACGACCUAACAAUUCCCGGCUUCGACCCUGAUGAGGGCGAGCAAGAAUGCCCCGCCACCGUCAUCGCCGUCCAGAAAUGCCCCUACUGCUCGUGCCCUCCGUCUUCACUGCCAACACUCCGACCUACAUCCGACCUCCUCCCCCCUGUCACGCCUCCCAUCAUCUGGCCAACGGGUGUGAAAACUACCAUCAUUCGUACAGUAACGACAAACCUACCUACCCCCAUCCCAACUUCCUCACAAUGCCCCCACACGGCAACCGUCACCAUGAUCCCCGUCUGCAUCCCACCUGUCUGUCCCCACUCCUCGGACACCCCCUGCGACUUCAAUAUCCCCAUCCCCAAACUCGAAAGAGUCGUAAGGAAGGGUGAGGUCGUUGAGAAAACGGUCAUCAUUACUAAGACGGUGCAGAAGCCGACGCCGACGGUGACGAAGAGUUGCGGGAAGACGGUUACGAAGACGGAGUAUGGGUCUUGUCCCACAUUUACUUGCGUGCCGGGUUGGAGCUGUGAUGCGGCUCAGGUUGUUAGGUGA